AUGGAAAGGGCCAGGGUUAACCCUAAAUUCGAGCCGAUUUUAAAUUUUAAACUUGGGGCUGUUAAAUUAAAAUUUUAUUAUCUCGCAUCAAUGCCGUUUGUGAAACUUGUUAAAAAUAAGGCUUACUUUAAACGUUUCCAAGUAAAGUAUCGCAGGAGAAGAGAGGGCAAAACCGACUACUAUGCACGCAAGCGCUUAGUUGUUCAGGCCAAGAACAAGUACAACACCCCCAAAUACCGUCUUGUUGUUCGCAUUACCAACACCGAUAUUGUUUGCCAAAUCAUGUAUGCUCGCAUUCAGGGAGACAUUGUGUUUGCAUCUGCUUAUGCCCAUGAGCUUCCUCGCUAUGGUGUAAAAGUAGGGCUCACCAACUUUGCAUCCGCGUAUUGUACUGGUCUUCUUUGUGCUCGUCGUGCACUUGCAAAGCUUGGCCUCGAUUCCAAGUACGAGGGCAAAGCAAAAGCCGACGGCGAGUAUUUCCUUGUCGACUCCAUUGAGGGCGAUGAUAGUCCACGCCCAUUCAAAGCCUUUCUUGACGUUGGUCUUUCACGCACCACCACUGGAUCUCGCAUCUUUGGUGCCCUAAAGGGAGCCGUUGAUGGAGGUAUCUAUGUUCCCCACUCUGACCGUCGUUUCCCAGGAUACUCGACGGAAACGAAAAAGGUCGACACCAAUGUUCUUCGCAAGUAUAUUUUUGGCCAACAUGUUGCCGAUUACAUGACCCUUCUCAAGGAAGAUGAUCACGAAUCGUACGAAAAGCAAUUUUCCAAGUACAUAAAAAAUGGCGUAACUGCUGAUGCUAUUAAGGGUAUUUAUGCCAAAGCACACGAGCUGAUCCGUAAAGAUCCAUCCUUCAAACCUUCCCAAAAGAAAGUCAGCGAGAUGGCUGAAAGAAGCAAGUCGUUCAAGAAGCAGCGCCUUACCUAUGAGGAGCGCAAGGCCAACAUUGCAAAGAAGAUUGCUGAAUUCAAAGAGUCUGUUAUGCAAUAA